CUUGAUGCCUGGGUUGACUGCCCAAAUCUAAACAUUGAUGUGGUCCUGCUGUCUUGUUUGGUACUGACUUGUGUAUAUACAAAAUUCCUCUGCACUGCUGGAGUGCCUGUGGUGCGCUGUAGGCAUGGUAUGCCCUGAACUGGCACUUUAGCUGUUAGGUCAUGGUGCUUGUUCAAAUCGGGAAAACUAGUGUAUGAGUCUGAUCAGCCUGGGCCUUAGGACCUUACUAGUUUGUGGUCAGCUCAGUGUGAAAUUCUGUUUGUUGAACAUUCUCUGACAUAAUGAGGGCAGAGUGAGCUAUACUGCUUGUCACCAGUGCUUUGUCUUGGCAGAUACCUAUGAGUAAUGCCACAAUGAAGGAAAACUUGCCAGAAGGAGAACUACUGCUUCAUCCCAUGGGAUAUAGGCAGAAGUCUUCACUAACGUGCCUGCUGCCAGCACUGAUGGCACCGUACUGGCUUUGCAUUACUUCCCUCCGUACCUUUCUUCUUAUUCUCCCACUGUCAGGAACUCUAUGGGUUCAGGUGCCAGGAGAGGUGAUACAUCCCUGAUGAAGUGUUUGGGCUCAGCCACUUCUUGAGGGAUAUAUUUACAUUAUCUCACUUCAGGGCAGGGUUUCACAGCGCAAGGUAGAGCUGUGCUGGUUGCAGGACUUGCUCUCCUUGCUCAGAUCGUGACAAUCCCAUGCUCUUCUGUGGCGUCUCUGUUCUUCACGCUGCUCUGGGACUCAAACUUAGGUUUUUGGAGUUUCAGUGAGAUAAAUCAGCUUUCAGAAGGACAUGGUGGUUCUGGAUCUAGUGGAAGAGAGGCGCAGCAUGAGGCUGUUUGAAGGCAAGGAAAGAUCAAAAGGAGAGAAGAGGAAGAACGCAACUUUGGGUGGAUGUGUUCUGCUAUGUAGGCCUCAACUACCCUGUAGCCUAAGAAACUGAGCCUCCUUCCACGUUCAGUAGAGACAGACUAAUAAGUUACUGUGUUGUGCACUGCAGGAAAGAGCCUUGACUCUGCUGGAAGUUGACCUGUGUGACCUUAGUGCUGAUAUUUGCUGAGAGCUCCCCUGCAAAGAGACUGGUUCUCUCUGAACACAGGCAGAAGUCUUAAUAGGACACUAGGUCUCGUUAUAUCCCAUGAGAGAGUUCGCAUGGUUUGCACUGUGUGACACUAACAAGCUGUUAAAGUGUUUUAAAGUAGAAUGAGGGCAACGUGUCUGCUAUAUGCAAACUAUGCAAGUCUUUAAGUGCUCAUUCAUUGCACUGGCAAUAAAAUACACCUGCUAGUCACGUGGUUUAUCACUGGCAGCAACCUGAAAGCUACUGCUGCUCCCAGCUGCAGUCUUCUCUGCUAAAUCAUGUAGCUGAUGUCUCGUAGACAGAAAGGAUGAGCAAAAUGCUGGGCUGGAGUGCCUAGUGGAGAAGUGGGAGAAGCUGUGCCACUUUACUCCUUUGACCCAUGGAUGGGGAUAUUUAUAAACUAAGGUUGCACAGCUCCUUGAAAUAAGAAAUUCGAAUGUUAUCGUUGUUUUGCUUUCCAAAGGUAAAGGAGGCUAAUAAAUUUUAUGGCUGCUGAGUUAUCAACCUGGUAGAAUAUAAAAGAGGAAAAAGAAGGGAAUUUCUUUCCUAGCAGCCGUAAACGCUAACCAACAGCGCUCCAAGUUACCUGUUCAUAGAGGCACUUAUCAUGAAACUACUGUUAGGCCUGUUUUUCCUUUGGUUGCUUUCCUUAGAAGGACAGACAGCUCAUCUCCUGGAAGAACAAGGGAAACUAAAGGCUCUAAGAAACUUCCAGCUUUCAUGUGAGCAUGUGAUGCCACCUGAGACUCCUUCAUCUUCAGUUCAUGCUCUGAGGCCAGCUGACAUUACAGCAGUCACUGCAAUAGGAAAUUUGCAAAGAACACCAGGACCCAGUAUUCAUCAUGAAGACUUACUCCAAAGCACAGGAAAGAGCCUCCUUGACGUGAGCGUGGAAACUUUAGCAGCUCUCAUUAGCAGUUUUAAUCCCUCGGUCCUGCACCAGUCUCUUCUGCCUGACACAACGGGACUGGCAUCAGAGGGUCAAGCCAGAGACCUCCUGGAUCAAGCUGUAGAAGUAGUGAAGCUCAUGAAAGAGAAUCAGAUGAUGAACUUCCAAAAUGACUGGAAAUUGAUCACAGUUUUCUUUAGUGCUGAAAACCCAUGCUCUUCCUGUGCUUUCACACAACCGGAGUACUGCAUGUUGGAAAACCUGGAAAAACUUCAAGAGGUCUUGGACUUCUUAUAUAAAGAAGUUCCCAAAGCCUUUGUAAAUCUGGUAGAUUCCACUGAGCUCACAACUUCCUUUCUUGCUUGCCAAGAUCCCAAUAAUGCAAGCAAUCCUGUUGGGAAUCAGUGCAAUUGUGUACAUGAACACUCCGCGCUAGAUGAUAACAUACUGAGGUGGUCCUAUCAGGAUACUUGGGGAAAGCUGCUAGAGUCUGCAAGGUAUGAUCAAAAAGAUGACUUCACUGUUGUUCUUCAGCCUUCUUUCCAAGAAACGAAUCUGUUGCUCAGACUGGACAGGGAUGACUUCGUCACCACGUCAAAGACAGAAGUGGAAAAACUGGAAGAAGAUUAUACUUUCUUGUCUGUGGGUCUCUGGAACAACAUGAUGGAGCCAGUUGGGCAGAAGAAGCCUUAUGAUUUCACAGAAAUGCUUCAGAUCCAGUGUCCAUCUCAGGAAAAUCCAUAUUUCUUCACGUAUAAAAAUAGUAAUUACUCAUCUACCCCAGAGACAUCAAACAUCAAAGAAAGAUCUCAGGAGAGGAGUUAUGGAACAAAUGUUCCUUGUUUCAGCCAGGGCCCCUCUGAUACGGUUCCAGUUUCAGUUCAUAACUUGAGACCAGCAGAUAUUCAGGUGAUUGCUGCCCUGGGAGAUUCACUCACAGCAGGUAAUGGGGCAGCAUCCAAACCCAAUGACGUUCUGGAUGUCCUGACUCAGUACCGAGGUAUUUCUUGGAGUGUUGGAGGAAAUGAAAACAUAAGCACGGUCACAACACUAGCAAAUAUUCUUCGUGAGUUCAACCCAUCCCUGAUUGGGUAUUCCACUGGCACUGGAAGGGAGACUACAGAAAAUGCUGCACUCAACCAAGCAGUGGCAGGGGAUAAGGCAGAGGAUGUUCCUGCACAGGUUAGAAGACUGGUGGAUCGAAUGAAGAAUGAUACUAGAAUAAAUUUGCAGACUGACUGGAAGCUUGUAACGCUCUUCAUAGGAGGAAAUGACCUAUGCGCAUUCUGUGAGGAUCCAAUACGCUAUUCUCCUGAAAACUUCACCUAUAAUAUUCAAAUAGCUUUGGACAUGCUUCACAAAGAGGUUCCACGGACGUUUGUGAAUCUGGUGACAGUGCUUUCCAUAACAAGCCUGCGCGAGUUGUACGCAGAGAAAAACGUCAGCUGCCCAAGGAUUCUCAUGAGGUUUUUGUGCCCUUGUGUACUGAAAUAUGAUGACAAUUCCAGUGAGGUCGAGCAGUUGGUCAAUUUCAACAAAAGGUAUCAGGAAAGAACCAAAGAGUUAGUGGAGAGUGGAAGAUACGACACUAGGGAAGAUUUCACAGUGGUUCUGCAGCCAUUCCUGACUCAUAUCAACAUGCCAAAAACACAGGAGGGGUUGCCUGACAAUUCAUAUUUUGCCCCAGACUGCUUCCACUUCAGCCAGAAGUCUCAUUCCCAGGCUGCACGUGCUUUGUGGAACAACAUGCUGGAACCCGUAGGGAAGAAGACAGAUAAUCAACAAAUAGGAGAUGAAAUUUCUCUCAAAUGUCCGAGUGAGGCUGAACCAUUCCUGAGGACGUAUAAAAACAGUAAUUACACAUAUGCUAACCAAACUCCAAAUUAUGGAAGCCAACUGCUAUGUGAGGACAGAUCUCCAUCGUCCCCUUCUUCAACUUCAGUGCAUUCCCUAAAGCCAGCUGAUGUGAAAAUUAUAGCAGCCCUUGGGGAUUCUUUGACGGCUGGAACGGGAAUUGCUUCAUACAAUCUCACGGAUUUGGACACUGAAUACCGGGGACUGUCAUGGAGUAUUGGAGGGGAUGCCUCAUUAGAGAACGUAACAACUCUACCUAACAUCUUUCGAGAGUUCAAUGCUAUGAUCGAGGGCUAUUCAACUGGCACUGGGAAUGAGAAUGACUCAAAUGCAUUCCUUAACCAGGCAGUUCCCGGAGCAGAGGCUGAGCACUUACCAACCCAAGCAAGAACUCUCCUGAGACUAAUGCAAACUGAUUCUAGAAUUGACUUCAAUGCUGACUGGAAAAUCAUAACUGUGUUUAUUGGAGGAAACGAUCUGUGCAACUAUUGCAAGGACCCUGAUCACUACUCAGCUGUAAAUUUCACCAGAAGAAUUCAAGAAACUCUUGAUAUUCUUCAUGGACAGGUUCCAAAAGCUCUAGUGAAUCUGGUUGAAGUGAUGGACAUCCUCCCUCUGAGACAGUUGUUUGUGGAUACCCAAGUUCCGUGCCCCACUUACAUGGCAGAUUAUCUGUGUAGUUGUGUUCUCACAGGAGAAGAAAACUCAAAAAAUUUAACGAUGGUGAGGGAAGCCGCCGGAGCUUACCAGCUUGGUGUUCAGGGACUGGUGGAGUCUGGCAGAUAUGACACUCAUGAAAAUUUCACAGUGAUCAUUCAGCCCUUCCUCCGAAAUCCAAAGAUUCCUCUUGGUCAGGACGGGCAUCCUGAUGUCUCCUACUUUUCACCUGACUGCUUCCAUCCAAGCCAGAAAGGCCAUUCUCAGCUUGCCAGGGCUCUCUGGAAUGCUCUGUUACAGCCUGUAGGCCAGAAAGCUGACUCAUUUGACUUCAUGGUUGACGCUGUCCUCAGCUGCCCAACUCAGGCUACACCCUUCCUGGCAACAUAUAAAAAUAGCAACUACACCCAUCCAACUGUGGUUCCCACCAGUGAGCCAGCAGAGAACUGGGGCAGUGACCUGUCUUGUUCGGAACAGACUCCAUCCAGUCGUGUCCCAACAUCAGUACAUGAGCUACAACCUGCUGAUAUCAAAGUUAUUGGCGCACUGGGAGAUUCCCUGACUACUGCUGUAGGAGCCCGCUCAACCGACCUACAAACAGACUGGAGGGGACUUUCCUGGAGUAUCGGAGGUGAUGGGACCCUCGAGACCCGAACUACUUUACCUAAUAUCUUGAAAAAAUUCAGUCCAAACAUCUUUGGCUUUUCCACUGGUAGCAGUAAGGAAACAGCUGGGUUCAACGCUGCACAGAAAGGUGCCACUGCACGCAAUAUGUCAGCCCAAGCACGUGAGUUGGUGGAGCUAAUGAGAAGCAGCUCGAAAAUUAACUUCAAGGAGGACUGGAAGCUGAUCACUGUCCUCGUUGGAGGCAAUGACCUGUGUCAAUACUGCUUUGAUAAGGAAACCUAUUCAGUGCAAAACUAUGUAAAGCACCUUCAAGACGCUCUGGAUGUUUUCUAUGAUGAGCUUCCAAGAGUCUUUGUCAACAUGGUGGAGAUACUAGAGAUUUCUGGACUGCGUCAGAUCGCAGCAAGCUCUUCAGAGUGCGCUCUGACAGGAAUGAAUAUUUGCCCAUGUUUCUUAAGCCCCAAGGAAAACUCUUCUGAACUACAAGAAAUUAAGAGAGUUAACAGAGAUUUUCAGGCUGAAGCUUUACAGCUGGUCAACAGUGGUCGGUACGAACAGCGUGAGGACUUUGCAGUUGUUGUGCAGCCAUUUUUCCGAAACACCUUGUUGCCCCUGGAUAGGGAUGGCAAGCCAGAUCUGAGUUUCUUUGCUGCAGACUGCUUUCAUUUCAGUGAAAAAGGCUAUGCUGAGAUGGCUAUGGCUCUCUGGAAUAACAUGAUGGAGCCAGUUGGUGAAAAGCAGACUUACAACAACUUUACCUAUGACAGAUCAAAACUGAAGUGUCCAAACCCAGAGAAACCCUUUCUUUCCACGAUGAGAAACAGUGAAUUCAGGAAUUCAGUUCUCAACUCAGAGAAAACUGAACCUUCGGUGCCCUACUGGGCUGUCAUUGUGGCAGCGGUAGCUGGAGUCCUGGUGGGUUCUGCACUCAUCUGGGCUGUGUCAAGAAGAACCAUGAGACACCGACGAGAGACCGAAACAGAAAAGAACAUGAAAACAACAUCUCUGUGAAGCAAGUGGAACAAACGUCUGGUUCUGCUGAGGCUGCUCUCUGGUGUGAGACGGAACAGGAGAAUAAAAAAGUGGUUGGACA